UGGAGUCGGAUGUGAGAAGUCUCGUUUGUUUUCUUUCUUUCUCUCUCGCGUGGAGUGUGACGUCACAGGAGGCGCAAGAUCCCGGAAGUUGCUGAGUAGAGGCAACAUGUGCGGAGGCUGCGUGAAGACGGAGUACCCGCUUCGGGGUAACACCUGCUUGGAGAAUGGAUCCUAUUUGAUGAACUUUGUGGGUUGCAUUGAAUGCAAAAAGAAGGAUUUUGUGAUGAUAACAAAUAGAGCAACAGAAGAAGAAGAUGGAGAGGAAAUUAUCACAUAUGAUCAUGUGUGUAAGGACUGUCACCAUGUAAUAGCGAGGCAUGAGUAUACUUUCAGUGUAGUGGACGAUUACCAGGAAUACACGAUGCUGUGCAUGCUGUGUGGCAGGGCAGAGGAUUCCAUCAGUGUUUUGCCCGACGAUCCUCAUCUGAUGACUCCAUUGUUCUGAAGCUGUUUGUUUUUAAUUGCAUCGGUUUGAUUUGUACCCAUUGGCAGCAAGUUGUGAAAUAGCACAUAUAAACAGAA